AUGGCUGCUCGUGAAGGACUUCUGCGACUCUGGGGAAUAACGGCAGAUAGAGUGUUCUUCUUUGGGCGUAAAGCUGCCGAAGCAUCUCUUGAAGAGUUUUCAAAAGAAAACUAUUACUUGAAGGAUCGCUGUAAGCCAAGUACGGAUACUUCUGUGGAAGCUGUGGUUGACACCGAACCGUUGAAUAUAGUCGAAGUGGCAAUGCGUUAUCGCGAGAAAGUACAAUCAGUCGUGGGAUUAAGCUAUACAAAACGAUUGCGGCACAAAUUCUCUCGCGGAUCCUUAGCUAAGAGGUCUUUCCGGUACCUCGUAAAACCGAAAGUGUACACAGUGUGUUAG